CGAUUGCUUCCUAAUUUUAUUUUUUACAAUGGAAGAAGUCGUAUAAGUGCCUAAAACGGCAAUAGUAUUUCGAAAUGCCGAUGAAUCAAUAAUUAUUGAUGAAGAAGGUUACAUAACAUGCCAAACCGACAGUGGGCUAACUUUUAAAAUACACACUUCCGAAAUAGAUUUGAAUGGUCCACCCAUUACAUGUACUGUGGAUAACGAAAAAGUUUUAAUAGUAUUAACAUCUACACACAGAACAAUAGACACACCGGACACUAACAUUUCCAAUCAAGAAAAUCAGAAGCCAAACGUCAUUCAACACAAUUUUGAAAUUUUUACAUGAAAUGAUGCGAAUACCAAACUAUUUUUAUCACUCUACAAGGAGAAGAAAGAAUUAGUUGGUUCUAGAAGAAUUAAAAAUUUUAAAGAAAUGUGGAAGCGUAUAAGCGACGAGAUGAGAAACUCGGGAUACGACGUGACUCCUAUACAAGUGGAAAAUAAAUGGAAGACUUUAGAAAGACAAUAUAAAAAAGUUAUUUCCAAUAAUAAUAAGACAGGAAGAGGGCGGAUUACCUGUAGUUACCAAACGUUUACGUAUAGCUAAAAUUGAAAUAAUAAUAAAUCAUAAUAAAUUGAUGCUUUAUUUUUACUUACAUGCUUUUACAGGGAACUGACAGAAAUUUUGGGAAAGAGCCACAAAAUAGUUCCACUUGCUGUGGCGGGUCCGGAAAUAAGAGUAAUGGUCCGAAAUAGUAUAUCAGAUCUCAGGACUUUAUUGAAUAACAGUGCGCCGAUUUUAAUGCCAGUAUCGACAACAAUUGUAUUACCAACCACAUCAAACGUAGAAAAAAGAGAGGAACCUGAAGAUAUGCCUGUGGCUGAUGAAAGUGAAGUAGUAACCGUACCUGAAAAUGCCAACCUCGUUGCUGUUGCUAAAAAAAGAAUCGCCACUGGAACAACGGCAAAGGCAUUGCAACAGUGCCAAAAAGAGAUGCAAGAAUACAGGAAGACACUCGAAAAACGCGAUGAAAAUCAAGAUAAAAUGUUAUCACAAAUCCUGGAAACCUAUAAAUCAAUAAAAGAUAGACAAGAAGAACAUUUGACCGCAAUAGAAAACCACAGAAAGGAAACUAUUCAACAAAGACAACGAAGAAACGACUUAUUGGAAGAAAAAAAAAUUCAUUGAAAGAAUUUUUAAAUUUAUUUUUAAAAAAUUAACCAGUGUGACGUGGCGACUCUUCUUUUCAGUAAAUUUAGCCGACGAUUAUAUUAUUUUAUUCCAUUUAUUUUCCACUUGUAUUGCAGUCACGUCAUAUCCUUAGUUUUUCAUUUCGUUACUUAUGCGUUUCCACAUUUCUUGUACAGUGUUGAAAACAGCUUUGUAUUAUAUUUGUGAAGUUUAUUGUUUAUUGUUGAU